GGGUGUUAAGGAAGGAAGGAGGGAGGGAACUUGUUAAAGAGGAGUGACAGGGUUCUUUUUUUAAAAAAUUAAGUAAACACCGCGCGUGCGCAGAUUUCUUUUGGCUGACAGGAGGAGGAGGCGGUUCGCCUUGUCCUCUCCCCCUCCCCUGGUUUGCGCGAGAAAAAGGGGUCAGAGAGAAAGAGAGAAGCAAGCAAGCGAGUUGACAGUGUUCCGAGCGCGAGUACAGGGGUGGGCGGGGUACAAAGUCCAGCUCGUGUUUCCCCGCCUCCCUCCCUUAUACUCACUCAAUUCUUCCCCCGCCAUCGCGUCGCGCGUGUGUGUAUAUGUGCGCGCGCGCGCGGCGGAGCGUUGAAGGGCGGCGCGCGAGCAGCUCCGGCCUCAUUCUGGAGGGGGAGGGGUCUUUUGCUCGCUUUUUCUCACUUCCCAAUCCUCCUCCCGCCAUCCCUGAGCGGUGUCGAGUGUGUGCGCUUCUGUGAGGGAGGAAGCGAGGGAGGGAGAUACGGCGCUGAAGGCGGGGGUGGCCAAGGCUCUGCGACGCGCACACCCAGAAACACACACACGAACGCGCGCGCACCCAGACUUUCCGCCCGGAAUGUGAGGCGCGGCGGAACCGGGGCUGCGGUGACUGUUCCUUGUCAAACGCGGUUCCUGCAGUGGCGGCGGCGGCCUCGGGCUCCCCAGUGCGGGGCCGGGCGCUGUGACUGGCUGUGUUGAGCCGCCACGGUCCCAUCCCCUGAGGGAAGAAGGGGUGGCUCCUUGGGCGGCGGCAGCAGGAACAGCUCUCGCUCUUCUCUGCUCUGCUCCUCCUUGGGCCGCUUCCUCGCGUCCCUCCCGAGCUUGAGACGCGCCUCGCCCGCCAUGAAGAAGUUUUCUCGGAUGCCCAAGUCAGACGGUACCGGAGGGAGCAAUAGCAGCGGAGGAGGAGGUGGUAUUGGCUGCGGCGGCACGUCAGCGCCUGGUUCGGGUUUUGUGGCUGGAGGCGGCCCGGCCGUGGGCAGCAGCAGGGUCUUUGCUGUAGGACGUUUUCAGGUCACGGUGGAGGAGCUGCUGGCGGAAGGUGGCUUUUCCACGGUGCUUCUUGUGCGCACACAUGGUGGGGUCCGGUGUGCAUUGAAACGAAUGUAUGUUAAUAAUGUUCCUGACCUCAAUAUCUGCAAAAGAGAAAUAACCAUAAUGAAAGAACUAUCUGGGCACAAAAACAUUGUAGGGUAUUUGGAUUGUGCUGUUAAUUCUGUUAGUGAUAAUGUGUGGGAGGUGCUCAUCUUAAUGGAAUACUGUCGUGCUGGGCAGGUAGUCAAUCAGAUGAACCAGAGGCUACAGACAGGCUUUACUGAGCCUGAAGUCCUACGGAUAUUUUGUGAUGCCUGUGAAUCUGUUGCUAGGCUGCAUCAAUGCAAAACUCCCAUUGUUCAUAGAGAUUUGAAGGUUGAGAACCUUUUGCUGAAUGAUAGUGGAAACUAUGUCCUUUGUGACUUCGGCAGUGCCACUAAUAAAUUCCUUAAUUCUCAGAAAGAUGGAGUUAAUGUAGUUGAAGAAGAAAUUAAAAAGUAUACUACAUUAUCAUACAGAGCUCCUGAAAUGAUCAAUCUUUAUGGAAGGAAACCAAUUACUACCAAGGCAGAUAUUUGGGCUCUUGGUUGCUUGCUGUAUAAACUUUGUUUCUUCACACUUCCCUUUGGUGAGAGUCAGGUUGCCAUUUGUGAUGGAAGUUUUACCAUCCCAGACAAUUCACGUUAUUCCCAUGGUAUACAUUGUUUGAUAAGGUAUAUGCUUGAACCAGAUCAAGAACGGAGACCUGAUAUCUUUCAAGUUUCUUACUUUGCCUUUAAACUUGCCAAAAAGGACUGUCCAAUAUCCAAUAUUAAUAAUUCUCCUCUCCCUUCAACUCUUCCUGAGCCCCUGACAGCUAGUGAGGCUGCUGCUAAGAAAAGCCAAAUAAAAGCUCGAAUAACAGAUGCCAUCGGACCAACAGAAACCUCAAUAGCACCACGACAAAGACCAAAGGCCAAUACAAGCACUGCCACUUCUAGUGUGCUAACAAUUCAGAACUCGGCAACACCAGUCAAAGUGCCAGUCCCUAGUGAUUUUAAUAAUGGGGACAAAGGAACUUCAAAACCUGGAAAUAGUCAAGAGACUAUGUUGUCUCAGGGAACUAAUCAGAACCCCCAACAAAAUAGAGUACUGCAACAACUACAGCAAGGUGACUGGAGGCUACAGCAGUUGCAUCAUUUGCAGCAGCAGCAACAGCAACAACAAUUGCUUCAGGAUGCAUACAUGCAUCAGUAUCAGCAAGCAAUGCAGCAGCACAUGAUUCAACAGCAGCUUUUGAUGCGCUCUGCGUACCAGCAGCAACCUUCCCCACCCCCAUAUCCUGCCAUGGGGCAGCAGUACCCACAAACUGUUCUACAGCAACACGUCCUUGUGAAGCAGUUGCAACCACCGAAACAGUCUCCUGAAUUUCUUGCCUCUUCCCAGGAGUUCUCUCCCGUCUUGAUCUCCCAUUCUAAAUCCUUUCCAACAAAUGUUGGUGCAGCACUGGACACACCUUAUACUACAAACAGGUCAUCCACCGCUGAUGCAGAGUCAGUUUCCAGCUAUCCAAAACAGAACAUUAGCAACCCUCCUGAUAUGUCUGGAUGGAACCCAUUCGGAGAAGACAAUUUCUCCAAGCUGACAGAGGAGGAGCUGUUGGACAGGGAAUUUGACCUUCUCAGAUCAAACAGGCUCGUGGAGAGGAGAACAUCCUCAGAUAAGAAUGUGGAGCCACAUUCUGUUCCACAGAACCAUCCUCCAGAAGAUCCCUUUGGUUCUGUACCUUUCAUUUCUCACCCAGUUCUACAAAGACAACAAAGACUGAGGAGGAGGGAGUCAGGGCCACCCUGUGAACUGGUUGUAAGUAAGAAGGCAGGUUCCCCAGGAAAUGAAAUUAAUAGCUCAGCAAGCAAUCUAGAAAACAAGGUAGGGAGACCAACCAAAAAUGAGAGGUCAAGCCAGGCUGCUGAGGACCAUGAAGACGUAAAGGUGACAGAAGGAAAUACAAAAAAAGGGAAUGAAGAAUCGGAGAGUGACUUUGAAUCAGACCCUCCAUCUCCUAAGAGCAGCGAGGAAGAGGAGCAAGAGGAUGAAGAAGUCUUGCAGGCUGAGCAUGGAGAUUUUGUUGAUGACAAUGAUACUGAGCCAGAGAACUUUGGUCAGCAUCCCCUUCUAAUGGAUUCUGAGGAAGAUGCAGAUGAUGAUGAUAAACUAAGUUCUGACUCUGACUCUGGUCAUGCUAGACCUGUGGAGGAGGCACCUGGCAUUAGAUACAGAGAAGAGACUGGCAGUAUUGAAAACGGAGUGCCUAGUGUAGCAUUUCCUCUGUUGUCUGAGUUGCCAAAUACCAAGGGGAGCCCUAAGCAAGAAUUUGAUGUCUUUGGAGCAGUUCCAUUCCUUGCUCUUCAUUCUCAAGAGCCUAAGCAAAAAGAUGGCAAAGAUCUCUUAGGCUUAGAACAAGAUCAGGAUGAUUUUGAUGUCUUCACCAAAGCCCCAUUCAGCAGAAAAACAUCACAGCAAGAUGAACUGAUUUCAGCUUCUGAAAAUCAACCAUCUCCCAUGUCUCCCAAAAGUGUGGAUGCUUUUGGCUGUAUCCCAUUCCCUCCUCUUUCCAUCCCAACAAACAAUGAGAGCAAAGAGGACCUAUUUGGGCUUAUCCCAUUUGAGGAGAUAGCAGGAAGCCAGCAGCACCAAAAAGUGAAGCACCAACGGAAUUUGCAGAAACUGUCCUCCCGCCAGAGACGCAUGAAACAGGAUGUAUCGAAGAGCAAUGGGAAGCGCCAUCAUGGCACACCAACUAGCACCAAGAAGACUUUGAAGCCCAGUUACCGCACACCAGAGAGAGCCCGCAGGCACAAAAAAGCUGGUCGGCGGGACUCCCAGAGCAGUAAUGAGUUCUUGACAAUCUCAGAUUCCAAGGAAAACAUAAGUAUUGCCCUGUCAGAUAGCAAGGACAGAGUCAACCCUCUUCAAGCAGAUGACCUUCUGGAUCCCUUUGGAGCCAAGCCUUUCCAUCCCACAGAAUUGGCGCGUCUUCCACCGCAUCAAGGACUGGGUGAUAAUUGUGGGGACUAUAAUACAGUAGUGCCUGGUAGACCUAGACAGAGUUCACUACUUGGAAGCAUUCAAUCUGGCGAGGGGAUAAAAUUAACAGAUGAUUUUGGGGCAGUUCCUUUCACAGAGUGUGUGCAGAGUGUGACAUCUCAACAAAGCCAGCAACAACAGUCAAUAGAGUUGGAUCCAUUUGGGGCUGCUCCAUUUCCUUCUAAACAAUAGAUUCCUCCAGGAACAUCUUUACAUUACUUAAGGAUUUUAUACGCCACCAUAAUCCAUCUGGUUGAACUGAGAUGAAACUUUUUAAAAGUACAAUGUAAUCAUUUCUCAGCAGAGAUCCUCAGAUUUUCAAAUCUAGUUUAAGCAUACAAUGUUGAGAUGGUGGUGAGGGCAUUUCACUAAGAGUUUCUGACAUCUUCUCAAAAUCUAUCAUUGCGACAACUGCCUAUGAUUAUAUCAACAUACAGCCAUUUUUACCGCGUAGUUACUCUUCAGAAAAGAGAUAGUUAUACAAGAAUAGUCUUGAGGGGACAGAAUCUGUAAACCCAAAAUUAAGAAGCCAGAUUGAUCUGGUACUAGUUCACACAACUUGCCCCCCCCCAAUCUCUGAACAUCAAGAGUUUUCUGACUUGACAUUAGAUUUCUAAUCAUAGAGAAAGAAAUCUAAACCUUUGUAUUUAUAUAUGCUAGAACUCUGCUUUUCCCCAAUAAGUGCCAUUAAUGUAAAACAGGGAUAGUUCUAACUUAAAAUCUCAAGAACUUAGUGGAAUACAAUACUAGAACACAUUGGGAAUCAAGAAGGAAAAUACAAAGCUGGAUUCUGCAACACUUUGAAGAUUACACAGUCUGUUUCAGAAGACAGCCUGGUUUACUUGCACGCAGCAUUUGACAAAGACAAAGAAAAGCCAGAAAUUUGUUGGCAAGUUCAAACCUGUAAAGCUCUAUUAUAAUGUAGGAUUUUCAUGCAAUGUAUGCUUCAUUUUACUUGGGUUUUGUACUCCAGGGCAAUACCCUAGAAAUGUCUUUUAAAUCACUCUUGCUUAAUCGCUCCCAUUUAAUAUUUUAAAUAUGUUCUGUAUCACAGUAUUGUACUUACCUUAGACUUCAUACAAAAUACACCUAACUCUAAAGAAAAUUUUAACUUGAAUUUAGGCAGUUUCCAGCAAAGGAGGUAUAAACUGGAGCCAAAACAAUGUUGAUUUGAGUCUGCUACCAGUAAACUGCAUAGUAAACCACCAAUGCCUUACUGCCAGGGCCAUUGACCUGUUACGAAUUUACCUCUGAGCCAAUUGGUGCCCUUGAGACACUGUUGUAAAACUUAGAACCCCUAGAACUUAGAAGGCGAGUACUUGAUGCAUCUCAGAACUUUCCACUUUGACAAACAUGUUCAUAAUGUCCUUGGCUCACUGUGAUCCAUUGUCAAUUAGCUGUGACUGUUUCAUAUAGCAGCCUGAUUUAAUUUGGCAGAAUAUUUCUCAUGUUUUCUGUUCUUUAGGCUAAAAUCUAGACCAGCUUCUCUGAAAUGUGUGGGUGUGAAAACACCACAGUAACCAGCUGUUUCUAAAUAUAUACAGAAGUAUAUGGCCAGGAUCUAGAGAACACUGCAAUGUAGUUCCAGUGCUUAUGCAGAAGCAGCAGACCCCUUGCUUCCAUGACACAUGACAAACCACUUGGGAAACUUAAAUGUUUCAAAAGUAUGAGGUCAAUUAUAUAAAAAUUAGUCAAAAUCCUACUUAAUGCAUACAAGCCUGAGAUUUCUCUGGAUCCUAAGCUUUGCAUAGUCGUUCACAUUGCAAUUCUGAAUUGAAGCACUUCUGUGCAUUUAUACACAAGGUACAAGAACUGGGUUCUUGAUGUAUUGCUUACCUGACUUGAAUAUGAACUUGUAGAAACAAGCAAUCUUACUUUUUAACUAGAGAGGAAAAAAGGUACUGCAGUGAAUGGAUUUCCUUAAAUGCUUGCCCAGUGGUGGUCUCUUGUCCUCCAACUGCUGUGCAAAAGCAAAGUAUCAAAAUAAACACUUUUGGUAACUUGGAACAUGAUGUUAAUACAGGAUGAAUUUGGUAGAGGGGUAGGAUGCUUUAAAAAUUAAUUACUUUUAAGAAAAAUGUUGCUUUUAUGAGAGGAUUUUUUUGGCAAUCAAGAUAUGAUUUGAAGCUUUCUCCAGGUAUAUGUUUCAUGGUUGUCAUAUGAAACACAGAGCCCGGGUGAGUUAGGUGUCUUGUCAUUCUAAAUAUUUCUGUAAAGCACAUAUGGCAGAAAAUGGCCAACUGUGCAUGUACCUCAGAAUGCCUGCUUUUAUUCUUGUGCCAAAGCCUUCUUGAACUAAAUACAGGUUUUCUGUAAACAUUUGUAAUAUUAAAACUAACCAGACAGCUCUUUAUCUAAGGGCUGCUUCAACCAUGGCAAGAUUUCCCACCCAGAAAGUAAUCAGGUGUGGGUUCUCAGCAAGUAAACAAAUAGAUGUAGAGAGCAUUCAUGUAUAUGGCCUUUGUGACGGUUUACUAUAUAGAAAGGCUUUCUUGUGAAUGAAACAUGCAAUGUUCGAAGUGGCCAUAGGGGACUGGAGUUCUAGAGUUAACACAGCUGUUCACAGCUGGCUGAUUCCAAUGUAAGAGCUCUGCCUGUGUGUGCGUAAAGGUGCAAAUGCUAUCAGGUGGCACAAAAUAGGCACAGUAGUCCUGAUCCAAAAGUAGUAGUUAUACUGAGGUCCCAUUGAAAUUCAUUAACUUGUCCCAUUGAUUUUAACAAAUUUCUUUGGCUCAGGGACAUUAUCUAGUGUCUGAUCCGAUUGAUACAGGUUUUCUAUUUCAAGCCAUCUGAAAAAUCCUUCCUUUGCACAAAAUUUCCAAUGUGCUGUGAAAAACAAACAAGCUACGUUUAGAACAACCAGCUCAUUGCAUUAUUUGUUGGUAGUAACCUAAAAUUAUUGUCAGCAUUUGCCUGAAGGAGUUUCCAUGUAUACUUCAUACCCAGUUACUGGCUGAUAAUUCCAUUAUGAUCAUUUUGUAUUGAAAUGUGAGACGCCUUUGAUCAAGAGGGAAGUAAAUCUUGUCUUGCAAUAAUUCCAAUGUGGUGGGGAGAGUAGAAGCAGUGCAUUAGCAUUAUUCCAAUAAUUUCCCUAAUGUUUCCUCUGAAAAUUGAUUGGUUAAGAAAAUAUACAAGUUUUUUCACAGUCAUCACCUUUGGUCCUGUCUCGUGGAAGAUACUUGUAUUGCUCAGUUCAUGCGAUUAGAUUGUUAGUAUGGAGGAGCAUGUGGAAUUAAGAAUUGAUGCAGCUCUGCCAGAUUGAGGCUGAAGCAUAAAUGCUGUAGCACAGUCUUUAAGGCCAAAUAAACAUGUGGCCAUUCAGAUGAUUGCCAAUAUUCUUUGCGUUCUCAUAGGGCCUUGCUUCACAUAUUAUUGACUGCAUAGAUAUUUUUGCAUAAGACUUUAUUUUCACAGGUUUCUGUAGAUAAGAAUGUAUGUUGAUUUGUGUGUGUGUGUGUGUGUGGUUACUGGGGUAUACUGGCAGACCCCACAGAAUUAAUUUUUUCCUAUUUUUGUUGUUUCCAAGAGCUGCAGAAAGCAAAUUUAGUAAUUUGAAUUUCCCUUCAGUUCUGAACUUCACAGAAAAAUUUGUUAGUAGCUUUGGAGAAAGAGGCUUGGUUGCAGCGUAUGUGUACACAUGUUUGAAUUUGAAUCUGUUAUGGUCUUUCCUAAAAUAGUAAGACUGAGAUGUUAAUUCAUAUCCAUGACUGCCAGAUGUGGGAUUCCCCCCCACGCUUUUACCUUUCCUAUUAGCAUACAGCAGACAGCUGAGUACAUCUUCCAAAACCAGCUGCACAGUUGGCUCAACUUGAGGCAUAGUUGCUUACUGCAUCUGACACAAUAGCCACCCUAAUGUGUUUUUAUUGUAUGGAUUAAUAGAGCAGAUGUGCUCCUAAAGGCUGAAAACAACAGGCUCUGGUUUAAAUACCAGCUGUCACUUUUUCCCACCUGGUAAAACCACCUCAUGGUUACUAUACUGUUGUCCAAAUUUGUGCAACUCGGUCCUUUGAAGGUACAAUUUUUGAGCUUGGUGAAAGAGACUGAAUCCACACCCCUAUCCAAAUAGGGAUGGAGGUGCUUACUACUUUUAUAAUUAGCCUGUAGAAAAGGAGGCUUAUAUCUUACAGCAUGAUCCUGUGUCAAACUAGUCACCAGCACCCAAUAAUUUAGAGGGACAGGAUCAGUACCCAAGCUGGGGGAGGAAGGCUGCCCAGAAGUCUGUCCCUUUCUCCCAAAAAUAACUACUGUGAGAAUGACUGGCUAUAGCUACUACUGUGAUAAUAGCAACUAGAGUCUAUCUGAAGAUUUUUUAUAUAUGAUAGGGUGUAUUUUUAUAGAGAGAAACAUAUAUAAAACAUACACGCACACAUCACAUCUCUUGGAGUUUGUGAUCUAAAACAACAUUGCAGUCACAAUCAUUUUUGUGGCAUUGGAAAAACAAUAUAUAAAGCCAAAAGCUGCUAAAAAAGUAACAGGGAAAUGCAAAGGACCAGCUGCCCAGUUAUUUUUCUGAAGCACUUCAUUGAAAAGAAUAUAGUAAUAGUAUCUAUAGCCAACUUUUGUUUCAGUGACUAAGGACAUCACUCAAGAAUAAAACAGUUAAAUGCUAUAUUUUAAUUGCUGGCAAACAGCUUUAAGUGCACUUUUCAAAUUACACUUCCAUUUCUUGUUAGACUUGAAGUUUCUAAAGCUUUUUGUGUGUCUACCACUAAAACAGAACUUUUAACUUUUGUGUGAAAUGUAUGUACAUGGGAGCAACUUUCAGUUGUUACUAAAUAAACAUACCAGAUACCAUGAUUGUGUAGACCCAUGUAAUUUUUACAUCAGAGCUGGGGUGUUACAGAUCUUACCACUCAAAAUGCUAAUUGUGUUUUCUGUGCAUGUUGCCUCUUAUCAA